AUGCGCACUUCCCGCUUCGUGCGCUUUAUCCGCGUUUGCAGCUUCCCCACGUUCUCGUCUGGCGCCGCCGACAUGUGCGGGCUAGUGAGCGAGCGCAGCCCGCGCGGUGCCUACGGCAUGCCGACUUCCUCCCCCGGCCCGAGUCCCGGCUACUCCUGGCCCAAGGCCUGGGGUUCGGACCCGGCUCUGCAAGGCGCCUCGGGCGUCGGAGCUCUCAGGCCUUCGGCGCUGGGCUUUGAGGGCGAGUUCCCCCAGGAUCGCCACGACGCGAGCAGCAAUGGGAACCCGCGCCUCCCCCACCUCUCCUCCGCCGGGCAGCACCUCUACAGCCCCGCGCCGCCCCUCUCGCAUGCCGGAGUCGCCGAAUACCAGCCCCCACCCUACUUUCCACCGCCCUACCAGCAGCUGGCUUACUCGCAGUCGGCCGACCCCUACUCGCAUCUGGGAGAAGCCUACGCCGCGGCCAUCAAUCCCCUGCACCAGCCGGCGCCCGCCGGCAGCCAGCAGCAGGCCUGGCCGGGGCGCCAGAGCCAGGAGGGGGCCGGCCUGCCCUCGCACCACGGGCGCCCGGCCGGCCUGCUGCCUCAUCUCUCCGGGCUGGAGGGCGGCGCCAUGAGCGCGCGCAGGGACGCCUACCGCCGCUCCGACCUGCUGCUGCCGCACGCGCACGCCCUGGACGCCGCGGGCCUGGCCGAGAACUUGGGGCUCCACGACAUGGCGCACCCGAUGGAGGAGGUGCAGAAUGUCGACGACCAGCAUCUACUCCUGCAUGACCAGACUGUUAUUCGCAAAGGUCCUAUUUCAAUGACCAAGAAUCCGCUGAGUGUCCCUUGUCAGAAGGAGCUGGUAGGGGCUGUGAUGAAUCCCAGCGAGGUCUUCUGCUCGGUCCCUGGAAGAUUGUCCCUCCUCAGUUCCACGUCUAAAUACAAAGUGACAGUUGCUGAGGUUCAGAGGCGAUUGUCCCCGCCUGAAUGCUUAAAUGCCUCGUUACUGGGAGGUGUUCUCAGAAGAGCCAAGUCUAAAAAUGGAGGCCGGUCCUUGCGGGAGAAGCUGGACAAGAUUGGGUUGAAUCUUCCCGCUGGGAGACGGAAAGCUGCCCACGUUACCCUCCUGACUUCCUUAGUAGAAGGUGAGGCUGUUCACUUGGCUCGGGACUUUGCCUAUGUCUGUGAAGCCGAAUUUCCUAGUAAACCAGUGGCUGAAUAUCUAACCAGACCUCACCUUGGAGGGCGGAAUGAGAUGGCUGCUAGGAAGAACAUGCUGCUGGCGGCACAGCAAGUGUGUAAAGAAUUCACAGACCUUCUCAAUCAAGACCGAACGCCCAACGGGAACAACCGGCCCACCCCGGUCCUGGAGUCGAACAUACAGAACUGCUUGUCUCAUUUCAGCCUGAUCACCCACGGGUUUGGCAGCCAGGCGAUCUGUGCUGCCGUGUCUGCUGUGCAGAACUACAUAAAAGAAGCCCUGAUAGUCAUAGACAAAUCCUAUCUGAACCCUGGAGAUCAGAGUCCGGCCGAUUCUAGCAAAACCCUGGAGAAAAUGGAGAAGCACAGGAAAUAAAAACGGGGAGUGAGCCACGGGGCUGAAGAGUCUGGAAGGAAGAAAAGGACUCCAGAGGCGUUCUCGACCCCGGACAGACUGGGAAACCCCUCUUGCCUGGGGACAGACAGUGUGUUACCCACCUUCCCAUUAAAAAGGCCUCCACUGAUUUCUGGAUCUUUACGUUGCCCUCCUGGAUUCCUUAGUAUUAUUUCACUAGUCCCGAAGUGUGUCUCCUUAACUCUGGACAAGUUAUUGGAAGGUGACAAGUACUGAUUCUUUUAUUCGUUGAGCUUAUUUUAUUCUUUUGAACCCCAUUGUUUUCUCUGAAAGUGGUGCUACAAGUUUUAGAAACUUUUCAAUCCAUUCCCCGGGCUCACAAGAAAACCCACACACGUAGCUGUAGAAAUGUCUUGUUGAUGCCCUUCAGAUCAACGGUAACUUGCAGUGUUGCGCUAACGGUUGGCUUCUGGCGUCCACUAAAUAUUUAUCUAGAAAAAGUAUUUAUCUAGCUUCUUCAGAUGUCAAAUCCCGUGUCCAGUAGGGAGCAAAGAGUCUCUCUGUUCAGCAACUAGCUCAAUAGGUGGCAUUUGACACACAUAAACCCCUUGUUGAAAGGGGCUCUUUGGGUUUUACGAAACUUGUAGGAAUGAAGCCUGCUGAUGAUUGUUUUCUUUUUCUGCCUUUUUUCUUUUUUUUAAAGUCUGAGAGUUAACCCUUCAAUUGGGAGACUCCGAAAUGACAUGUUCCUUUAAGGUACUGAAGCUUUAUUUGCAUAUUUAUUUCACAUCUUGGUGUUUCGAGUAAACUUGAAAAGGGUAGGCAUGAAGCGGUUUUUUUUUGUUUUGUUUGUUUUUUUUCUUUUUGUUUUUGUUUUGGCUGCCCGCCACCCCCGUGUCCCAUAGGAGGCUCUGUAUUUUGAGAAAACCGUGCGUUGACUGUACAGAUGUUAUUUAUGCAUAAUUUAAUGGGGUCUGUAAAUACGGGUGCACUUCUUAAGAAUUUUACAAAAGGGGUUCGAUUUUAAUAUUAACUCUGAAAGGUGAUGGGGUAAUCUAAAACACUAAUUUAGGGUUUAUUCACGCGUACACAGGGUAUUAAGAAUUUAGAGGAUCCUGGGCUCUUGUUCUUGAUGCGGGAGAUUCUAUUUAAUUGAAACUCUGUUCACAAAGCAAUACCUUUGGGUCUCUGUUCCCGUCGAGCUGAACCGGAAGAUGGGUGUGCGGUACCGUGUGUGUGUGGGUGAAAUAGGGGUUUGAAAUUGAACUCCACGUCUGUAAACGCACCCCAAAUAAUUAUUGUGUAUAUUAUACCUGUAUAAUAAUAAAAAAGUAUUCUCGAUA